AAGGUGACAAACAGAGCAGAGAGGCAAAAAUACCUGGCGGAAAGAGUGAAAGGGGGUGGAGAAAAGGCUACAUGUUCUAGCUCAUUUAUUUUAGUCAAUCUGUGACACUGGUGUUCAGUGUUAAUGAUUCAUGGAGAGACAAGAAGGAUAGGGAAAGAGGGAGUCGGCACCACUUGGCCAUGCUCCAAAGAGCCUGCAGAGGGGUAGUUUGAUACAGGGGUGAGGAAAGGACAGAGGAGGACAGAGAUAGAAAGAGAGAGAGAGAGAGAGAGAAGGAAGGAGGGAGGGAGGGAAGGGUAGAGAGAGUGUGAGCAAAGGAAAAGGAAAAUGUAAGAAGACAGGUAAGGCAAAAGAAACAAGGCAUAAGACGGUGAACAUGUGACGUGGGGGUGCUGAGAAAGGUAUUCGGUGAAGGAGAAGCCUUGAGGAAUUCUGACAGUAAACUAAGGAGGUGCCAGUUUGCGUCACUGGAAACUCCUUAAGACAAUUACAGCUUCUUCUCAUCAAAGUAAAAAAAAAAAAAAAAAAAAAAGAAAAUUAUUACAGACCAAGCUACAUGGCCUGGAUGUCUGAAAGUGGCUGCAAGGAAACCUUAACCAAAACCUCAAAGAAGAAACCGAAAAACGUGGAUGGCUGCAACCUUCAACCAAAGCUGGCUGGAGUUCAGAGGACAUGCACUGUAGACAGGAGAAGAGGAGGUGCUGGACACUCCGAGAGGACCGGACAAGUCUGAGCUGGUGGGACAUUCAUAAAGAGCUGAAACAGAAACUGCAGCUUUAUAUGGUCUUUUGUUCUAUUCCAUAGCAGAAACAUUCGUCUUGGAUUUGGGUUUUGUUUUCUCCUACAAAUGUUAUUGAGAUUUUUAUUUAUACUGAAACAGCUCAGCGAGUUUAUUUAAAAAAAACUGUAUGUAUGGAACAUAUUGAAUAUGAACAACGCCUCCUAAUAAAGGAGGAUUGUUUUCACUGUCGGAAUGUUGAUAUAUCUGAUUAGCACGCAUAUUUGAGCCUGAGGGUCAGUACACAUAAACAGGACAAGACAGGGAGUGCCUCCUCUUAGCUCCAAGGCUCACAGAACAUUGGGGUUUAUCAAUUUACCUGCACACGGAAAAGAGGAAGAAGACGGAGUGAGACAGAAGUGGGACAAAGGAUUUUUUUUACCUGCCUUUGUGCAGUCUUUUGUUCCAUUCUAGGAUACUUCUGGGAUACUAAGUCAUUCAGAGAUGCUGUGAUUUUAAAACCGGCGGAAGGUGUGCAUCUGAGAAUCAAAGACGCAAGGUACAAGCAAGGAGGAGAGAGGAAGAUGCCUGAGAGCAAGCAGGCAGUCCAUCGAACAGGAAGCUACCUCUCCAACUCUGCUUACAGAAAAAUAAAAAGAGUGCUGAGCUUUAGAAGGCGUGUGUUUGGGCAGCGGUUGGAGGAGACGGUGCUGUACGAGCGCAGGUAUGGAGACCACAUGGCUCCUCUUGUGGUAGAGCAGUGUGUGGACUUCAUCAGGGAGCAGGGUUUGAUGGAAGUUGGGCUCUUCAGGCAACCUGGCCAGGCAACGCUUGUCAAAGAGCUGCAGGAGGCUUUUGAUGCUGGUGAAAAACCAUCCUUUGAUAGCAGCACAGAUGUCCACACAGUGGCCUCUCUGCUGAAGCUGUACCUUAGAGAGUUGCCUGAACCAUUAGUACCCUUCUCCCGCUAUCAAGAGUUUCUUAUAUGUGGCAAAAAAAUCUCCUCAGACAGGGAACAGGGACUGGUGGAAUUAAGAAACCUUCUUCUUGAGCUCCCUGUAGCUAAUUUUAAACUGCUGAAGUACAUCUGUCAGUUCUUAAAUGAGGUCCAGUCCUUUUCUAGCACCAAUAAGAUGAGUAUCCAAAACCUAGCAACUGUGUUUGGGCCAAACAUUCUUCGACCUAAAGCUGAAGACCCUGAAAGUAUAAUUGGGGGUGCAGCUAUAAUACAGCAUCUGAUGUCAGAGCUGAUCCGAGAACACAGCAUGCUCUUCUCAAGAGAAAACAACCGCAAGGCACCAAAAACCUCAGGACCAGCUUUUGCUUCCACGCAUAGACAAGGCAGCCAGGUAGAGUGGGUGUACACCAAGCCUGCUGCUCCUCAAAGACAUCCUCAGCUAGGAUUGAACAGUGAUGGUGAGCACCAACCGGCUCAGACUUUCACGCCAUGCUCCAGGAAAUUCUCACUACCUCUUAUGUCUGAACGGAGAUUUUCCUUCCAAAGUUCACACACCCCGCAUCACCUAGAAGAGCUACAGCAGCAAAAACAGGAAGUCUCCUCUCAGGCAAGCUCGACUCUUCUUUACGAAAACCACGAUCCAUCCCUCUUGGCACUGGAGUCUCCUCACUCUGGACUUCUGCCUCCCCCAACCACUCCACCAACUGCCUCUUCCUCAACGAUUAUAGUUGGAGAAGCUGGACAUGAGAGCUGUAUGCAGUCUACAAGCUGGCCUGGCCUAGGGCAAUGUGGCUGGGAGACUGAGAGAAUUCUAGGAGAAAGUGGUGGAAGCAGUGAAGCCCAGGACAGCACAUUAUCUGUGUAUGACAACAUGGUCACUGGGGUGCAUCAGGACGACUGUAUAGAAGAAGGUGAAGCUGGCACUGGAAUGGUAGACUUGGAGGGUGGCACUGCUAGAAUGGCUGACAUCACCAGUUCCUGGUCUUCCUGUGAGAUUCUGCUUGGGGAUGGGGGCUCUGGUAGCGGUGGAACCGCUAGCCCUUGCCACAGCUCUGUUUGUUUCCCUUCUUACAGGUCAGACCUUGGAGAAAGUGACUUACACCCAUGCUCCCCUGCCUCUUCCACUGCCCCCACAGAUGCCCCAUUAAGUACAGGUAGCAGUGAGGUCUUUCUUCCAAAUGCUUCUACAGAUUCUCAAGACCCCCCUGCCUCUCAAGCAAUACAGUGCCUCGUGGUUGGCCUACGGCAGCAAAUGGCCAGGCAGAAAGCUGAGUACGAGGCCAAGAUCAACAGGUUGGAACAGCGCAACGAGGCCCUCCGGGGGCAGGUAGCGGGACUGCGUGAAACUCUGGAGCAACAGCGUCGACAUGUCAGCGUCGCUGAAAUCAAGAUGCGGAACAUGGAACGAGCUCGGGCUGACGCAGACCGACGGAAUGCUGCACUACAACGAGAAAUGGAGCAGUUCUUUGAAACCUUUGGAGAGCUGAACUCUGAGGCUCGGAAAACAGACCGCAUCAUCCAAAGCUUCUGACACUCCUAAUGUCUCAGCGCUUACAUACCGAGGCUGAUGUUGGUAACACUUUGAUCAUUUGUCUCUGGCAUGUACAAAUGUUAAAAGCCUACUGGACCAAACGGGUGGAAAAAAAAACAUCGAAAAAGACGACGCAUGUCUGAAAAAUGCCUUGUGCCACACUGCAACACAAAGACAAUAAAAUGACCCAAGAGUGGGGGUAAGAUGUGUUAGCAAGCAUGGUGUUAUACGAUACACAAGAAAAAGUCAAUUCUUAUACAACAUCUCAAGACUUUAAUACUAAAGUUUGAUGUAUGACUAAUCUCCCUAACUAAUGAUGGGGUGAUUUAAAUGAAAAUUGAAAUGAUAAACAAUUAAAUUUACAAGUCACACAGAUAUAUAUAUAGAAAAUACUUAAGCCACUUAUUACUUACAGUGCAUUUGUACCAAAAUAAAAUGUGUAAGAAAUGUAAA